AUGUUGGGCAGCCACCUGUGGGCACUGCCCUGCUGCGCCGGCACUGCGAAGGUCGGGGCGAUGAACGGCGGGAGGGUCUGUGCUGGGGUGGAAGUGCAGGGAUCCUCCUCCCGGGAUGGCGCGAAGAAGCUGUGGGGCGGUCGCUUUACAGGCGCCACAGACCCACUCAUGGACAAGUUCAACGAGUCGAUUUCGUUCGACAAGAGGAUGUGGGCUGAAGACGUGAAGGGAAGCCAGGCAUAUGCGAAAGCCUUGAUCAGGGCAGGCAUACUUACUGAUGCUGAAGGUGAAGUGAUCGUCGCUGGCCUAGAGAAGGUAGGUAGCGAGUGGCAGGCCGGAGUCUUUGAGAUUAUGCCAGGGGAUGAAGACAUACACACAGCCAAUGAACGGAGGUUAACAGAGCUCAUAGGGCCUGUAGGAGGGAAGCUGCACACUGGACGCAGCAGAAAUGACCAGGUGGCUACAGAUACACGUCUUUGGCUGUUAGGACAGCAGCAGGACAUUAGGGCUCUUCUCCAGGGGCUUCUGCAAGCAGCAUGCGACAGGGCAGAGCAGGAAAUUGAUAUUCUGAUGCCAGGUUUCACACAUCUCCAGUCUGCACAGGUGGUGCGUUGGAGCCAUUGGCUCAUGUCACACGCAGCCGCCUGGCAACGCGAUGAUGAAAGGAUGAGGGACCUGCUGCCACGGGCUGCAAGGCUUCCCCUGGGGUCUGGCGCGAUCGCAGGGAACCCCUUCUCAGUGGACAGGACCUUCCUGGCACAAGAACUGGGCUUUGUGGGUGGCGUGUGCCCUAACUCCAUGGAUGCUGUCAGCGACAGGGACUACGUUUGUGAGAUGCUGUUCGUUGCAGCCAUGGUGCUGUUGCACCUGAGCCGUUUUGCAGAGGACCUCAUCAUCUACAGCAGCGCACCAUUUGGAUUUGUGCAGUGCAGCGAUGCAUAUACAACAGGCUCCAGCCUGAUGCCACAGAAGAAGAAUCCAGAUGCACUGGAGCUUCUGAGAGGCAAGGCGGGCCGCAUCCAGGGCCACCUGGCAGGCCUGUUAUGCAUCCUUAAGGGCACACCCACCACUUACAACAAGGACUUCCAGGAGUCCUGGGAGAUGCUUUUUGAUGCUGUGGACACUACGAAGGACUGUCUGAGCAUCGCAACUGGAGUUUUGUCCACUUUGUCUGUUUAUCCUGACAAGAUGACCAAUGGAUUGUCAGGGGACAUGCUUGCCACCGACCUUGCUGAGUACCUGGUGCGAAAAGGUGUGCCCUUUAGAGACACGCACCACAUUGCCGGGGAGGCUGUGCGGUUAGCUGAGGACCGAGGCAUCCCUCUCAAUGAACUGACGGCUGACGACCUCCGAGGCAUCCACCCCAUGUUUGGGCCGGAUGUCAGCGGCGUGUGGAGCUAUGAGCGCUCGACAGAUCUGCGGGACACUGAAGGGGGUGCCAGCAAACGAUCCGUCUUGGAACAGAUAUCGAAACUCCGGCAGUACUUGAGUCACACUAGCACAGGGGGGGAGUUGUGA